UCCGGUUGUUUCUCUGUGCGGUGCACUGUGGGAAGGUUGUCCUGUCUGCGGUCACUGCACUGGGUCAGCACCGAGUUUGUAGUUUCUCGUUCAGUUUAUUCAGUUUUAUCUCGUGUUGUUUGCGUUCAGAGCGCGGAAUGUCGGGCUACAGCGCAGACGAGCGGCUGCGCACCCAGCAGCUGUGGAACCUCCGGAGACGCUGGCUGAAGGACCAGGAGCUGAGCCCGCGAGAGCCGCUGACCCCCGGAGCAGCACACACCGCCCUGCAGAAAGGAUGGACGUUCAGAGCCUACAGAGCUGGAACGUUCGCUUUAACACGGAUCCUGAUUCCAGCAUGGAUCGUGCAUUACUACAUGAAGUACCAUGUCGCUAAAAUGCCGUAUGGAAUCGUCGAGCUGAAGCCCAGACUCUUCCCCGGCGACACCGUUUUGGAAACAGGCGAGGUUAUUCCUGAUCUUCCUGAAGCAGGAGGGCACGGUCACCAUUGAUGACCAACACCAGCACAAACCUUCACAAGUCUCUGCCCUGUCAAAUGCAUCUGUGUGUGUGUGUAAAUACUUAUGAAACUGAAUGCCAAUAAAAAAAUUAAUGUA